CCGCAUCUGCCUUCUGAACCUCCCCGCUUCCUGACUCCGUCAUCCUGCAACUCUCUCUCUGCCCCAUUUCAGAAGAACCUCCCCACAUCCCUGUUCCCAGCCCCCUGGGGUCACGAGCACCGCUGGCUCAACUCGGUUGCCUGCUGUGGGGUGUGUGGGUGGUGACCACCGUGCCUGGGGUUGGCCCUAACCAUCGAAAGUUCUGGGUGAGCACUGCUCUUACAGAUUCUGAAGCACGUGAGGGGAGAGGGCCCAAGCCAAGUAUGCAGCAGAGCCCUGCCAGUUUCAGGGCAAGCCCUGAGAACACCUCUGAACCCUGAAUCCAGCCCGGUCCGGCCCGUGGUGGUAGUCAUUGUUAAGAGCAGUCCGAGGCUGGGUUAUUGGAAGAAGGAAAACCUCUCUAUGAACUGAACUGAAUGAGGAUAUUUGAGAUUAUCCAUAGCUGGGGUGUCCUGCCUGCCUGCGGGGGUGGGGGGGCAUUUUUGAGGCAAAUAUUUGAAGGAAUGCUACUUGCAUUUAUUCAGUCGGCCUGGGCAGAAUGCUAGACACCCUGCGACACUCAAGACCCCUUUCAUUAGGGAGAAUUCCCAAGGUGGCUUUGGAGUGACCAGCUGCACGCCGUGCUUAGGGAAACCUCUGUGUGCGAGCCUAAAGCUACCUGACUUCACUUGUAAACACAAAGUCCUUUUUGUUCAUUUUGGAAAAGACUCCGUUUUCCAGGAAUGCGCAUCCAUGUAAAUUAAAACUAACUUUGCUUCAGCACUUGACCAUGAACUUGUUCAUUAUUUCGAAGCAUCGGGUCACCAAUGGCAGCACUGCCUGUCGGAAAGCGCCAGUCGGAGGCAGAGCUAUCAAGCUACGAAGAUUCUACACCUGGGGGUGGGAACUGGAUCACUUUGUUGCCUUCUGGUUUAGCUGGGCCCGAGCUUUCACAUAAGGAAACCCCUUUUAUUAUCAAUUCCUUGUAUUUUGCCUUUACAUCAGUGAGGGCAUUAUGUAAAGUUCUGGUCCCUGUGGCCUGUGUCAUCCAUUACCUGUGCAUUUCCUUUGGAGGUAGUCCAGGGGUUUGACCCCAAAAGGGCGGAGGACCACAUUGCAGUGAUGGUUCCAAAUUGCAGUGGUGGGGGGAGGGGGAUACAACCUAAAAUCUUCCCAGGUUACUGUCUCGGUCUCCCCACCCCUCCUAUCCUGCUUUACAGAGCCUGGAACAGGGGGUUUGCAUGGAAUUCUUGGGGGAGGGCUCCAGAACAUGGGUCCCGGUUAAUGGGUGAUGGAAUUUGCACAAGAACGGGGCAAAGGUGAAUGGGCCGUGUCCUGCCCUGAGUCUCUCAUUCCUUCACUCUGCCUCACCCACACCCCCGCUGUCUCCCCACUCUGGGGAGCUAACUUCACCCAAACUCUACUUAACUCUGGCCCAGGGCAGUGAGCACAAGAUGAAAGACAGGACAGAAUGAGCCGGUCACAGUCCUGUCCCAUCCAGCUCCGACCUGUGAGCCCCCAGGAAGCCUUGGCGCCCCCGCCACUGCAGCCUGCUGUCCAAAACCCCUCUUCCCACUCUUGGGCUUCUCUGUGUGGGCCUCCUCCCUGGGGCCUCAGCUGUCUUCUGGCCCUGCAGCAUUUCUUGGUUUUGGCUUCUGUGCUCUGUGCCUCUCACCUGCUCCUGCUUCGAAGUGUCCCCCCAGGAAUACUCCCUUAUUCCCCUGCCCACCUGCUGGCCUCCAGCCUCUUCUCAUGUGGUGUGUCCACCACCCUGCAAACCUGGAUGGGCAGCAGGUUGCCUCUUGUCCAGGCUCCAUCCUUGGAGUUCCUUGCCCCUGCUCUUGUGCUGACUAACCGGAAGCUGCCCCUGGCCAUCCAGACACCUGGAAACUUCUCUGGCAUGCCACACCUGUGUGAGAGGCCUGGCUGCCACAGCCUGGAGCUCUGGAACGAUUCUCUCCGAGAGGUGUCUGGGGCAGUGGUGGUGUCCGGGCUGCUGCAGGGCACUCUGGGACUGUUGGGGGCUCCUGGCCACUUGUUCCGCCACUGUGGACCCCUGGUGUUGGCCCCCAGCCUGGUUGUGGCAGGGCUGUCUGCUCACAGGGAGGUGGCCUUGUUCUGCUCCAGUCACUGGGGGCUGGCCUUGCUGCUUAUUUCGCUCAUGGUGGUCUGUUCUCAGCACCUGGGCUCCUGCCAGUUACCCCCAUGCCCCUGGAGGCCAGCUUCAACCUCUUCAAUGUGUACUUGCAUGCCUGCCUUCCGGCUCUUCUCGGUGCUGGUCCCAGUGGCCUGUGUGUGGGUCAUCUCUGCCCUGCUGGGUCUCGGCAUCAUCCCCCUGGAGAUGUCUGCCCCCAGUGAGGCACUGUGGUUUUGGCUGCCUCACCCAGGGGAGUGGGUCUGGCCCUUGCUGACGCCCCGGGCCCUGGCUGCAGGCGUCUCCAUGGCCUUGGCAGCCUCCAUCAGCUCCUUGGGCUGCUAUGCCCUGUGUGGCCGGCUGCUGCAUUUGCCUUCUCCACCUCCACACGCCUGCAGUCGGGGGCUGGGCCUGGAGGGCCUGGGAAGUGUGCUGGCCGGGCUGUUGGGGAGCCCCAUGGGUACUGCAUCCAGCUUCCCCAACGUGGCCACAGUGAGUCUUACCCAGGCUGGAUCUCAGCGAGUGGCCCAUUUGGUGGGGCUGUUCUGCGUGGGGCUUGGGCUCUCCCCAAAGCUGACCCAGCUCCUCACCACCAUCCCGCUGCCUGUUCUUGGUGGGGUGCUGGGCGUGACCCAGGCCGUGGUUCUGGCUACUGGAUUCUCCAGCUUCCACCUGGCCGACAUCGACUCUGGGCGGAAUGUUUUCAUUGUUGGCUUCUCCAUCUUCAUGGCCCUGCUGCUGCCAAGGUGGCUUCGGGAAGCUCCUGUCCUGAUGAGCACAGGCUGGAGCCCUGUGGAUGUGCUACUUCACUCGCUGCUCAUAGAGCCCAUCUUCCUGGCGGGAUUCUUGGCCUUCCUCCUAGAGAACACCAUUCCUGGCACACAGCUCGAGCGAGGCCUGGGUCCAGGGCUGCCAUCAUCUCUUGCUGCCCAAGAGGUUCAGAUGCCUCAGAAGUCCAAGCAGAAGGCCGCUCAGCACUAUGAGCUUCCUGUGCCCCUCCAAAACUUGUGUCCCUGCAUCCCCCAGCCCCUCCGUUGCCUCUGCCCACUGCCUGAAGACCCCGGGAAUGAAGAAAGAGGGCCGGCUGAGCCAGGAGAGAUGGCUGACUUGUUGCCUGGCUUUGGGGAGCAGUGCCCCAGGUCUAGCAGAGAACUUUGGUCUCACUAACUCCAUGACUCAUGCUUCUGCUACGCUUAGAUUAGCCCUAUCUUACAGCUUGCUGAAGAUUGGCUCCCAGGCUCUACUUUCUGAGAGAGAGAGAGAGAGAGAAAGAGAGAGAGACACACACACACACACACACAGAAAGGAAUGGGCCCACAUGAGGUUUUGUUUUCCAAUAAGCGUUCCUUUUCUUAAUUAGGACUAACUUCCAGAACAGGGGCCGUAAAUGAUUAAAUGAGAUUUUUCUUGUGAGCUAA